CAGCGAGACUAGAGGUCAGAGUUGAGUGUUUGACAGAAAGCUGAAUAUGGAUUCUAUAUUUCAUGAGAAACAAGAGGGCUCUCUGUGCGCCCAGCACUGCCUCAACAACCUCCUGCAGGGUGAGUACUUCACUCCUGUGGAUCUGUCCUCCAUUGCUCAUCAGCUUGAUGAAGAGGAGAGGAUGAGGAUGGCAGAAGGAGGUAUGGCCAGUGAGGAGUACAGGACCUUUUUACAGCAACCAUCUGGGAACAUGGAUGACAGUGGAUUCUUUUCGAUACAAGUUAUUAGCAAUGCUCUGAGAGUGUGGGGCUUGGAGCUAAUCCUCUUCAACAGCCGCGAAUACCAGAGCUUGAUGAUAAAUCCAAUAAACGAGAAAGCCUUUAUUUGUAACUACAAGGAGCACUGGUUUACUAUACGCAAACUUGGACAACAGUGGUUUAAUCUGAAUUCACUGUUGACUGGACCAGAGUUGAUAUCAGACACCUAUCUAGCCCUUUUCCUUGCACAAUUACAACAAGAAGGAUAUUCCAUAUUUGUGAUCCGGGGAAACCUCCCCGAGUGUGAAGCAGAGCAGAUCCUUCGAUUCAUGAGAGUGCAGCAGCAGCAGCGGCCCAGGCUCAUUGGAGAGGAUGAGGCCCAGACAAGUGCAGGCAGGUCAGCCGCUCUGAACCAGGCAGAGAUGGGCUUUGGUGUGGAGGAUGAGGUUGUGGAUGAAGAUGAAGAACUGAAGAGAGCCCUGGCACUCAGCAGACAGGACAUAGAUGUGGAAGAUGAGGAGGCUGAUCUUCGCAGGGCCAUACAGCUCAGCAUGCAAGGAGCAGUGAUGAGCAACACGUCUUCAGAACCUGAAGUGGGAGAUGUGAAAUCAGGCAGCCAGGCAGCAGGGAGUGCUGCAGGAGAACAAAAAGAAGGCCAAAAUGAGACACUCACAGCCGAGGAACUGAGGAAAAGGAGACAAGCCUACUUUGAUCGGCAGCAGCAACACACUCAGCUGAACAUUCCUCAACAACCAGACACAAAAUCAACAGGUGGCUCAGGAUCAGUAAACACUGGCUCUGUGGAGGACCAACAACAAAAGCCCAGCCAGUGAAGUUGUGAAAGGUUUGCCUGUGUUGUUUACCAGCUGCCUGGAUUGGCAACCCCAUACAGGGGUAGCUUUGCUCCUUCCUCUAACCUUUUGCACAUGCGAACAUAAGGACAGUCAGAAGGCUGACACAUUUCCCCUGGUUAGUUCGCUGACAUGCUACAGAGAAGAGAACAAUGACAAAGAAAAGGCAGCAGUUAGUCUAAUCUAACUCAGUAAGGCACCGAGGCUGGGAAAAGGGUGACUACAGAACUCAUGAUGCAGUUAAUCCAAGUUUGCAAUUGCCUUUGUACCAUGGCGCCUUCUAUUUCUAUUGUAUACUGUUUUUUAUUCUUGUUUUUCCUCUGGAAGAGAUGGAAAUGAAUCUUCAGCAUACAAAGGGUGUGUUUACUUGCGUGGGCUGAAUACAUACAGAGAUGGGUGUUCUAUGACUCAUAGGAGACUAAUGUUUAGACCACAGAUAAAAAUCUUCAUAGAUAAAGACAGAGCCUCCUACCUUUGUAUUGGACUUGGGUUUGUAGGACAUAAUAUGUGAUUCCAGUGCCCUCCCCACCAGAACACCAGUGUGGUUUUGAAAUUGUUUGUUUUUGCAAUGUACUGAAACAUCUUUUAGCCAGCAGCACUAACUUGUGUGGGUCAUUUAUUCCUGACAUUAUCAACCAUUUUACUUGUGAACAUCUAUGAGUGAAUUCCCAAGGUAUUUAGACAUGCAACAUAUUUUUUAAUGUUGUGGCUUUGUUAUUACCUUUUAAGCUUAUAAGCAGGCGUAAUGAAAUUUAAGAUUAUAAAGUUUACAAACACAAUUUAAGGGUGUUUUAUCCAGUUUGGAUAGACAGUGAACAAAAUAAUUCUACGGAGCAAUUUGUUCAAUCAAAGAUGCUUUUGACUGAUGGAUAUUUUUCAUAUCUUGUUGAGAAUAAGUUGACAUGUAACAGGGAACAGAGAUGAAAUCUGUAAACAUUAUGGAACUGUAGCUCAUAGAUAAAUACAUUGUUCAUUUUUUCCAGCACAGUAUGAUCACUUGAAACCAAAAAAAGUCUCACAUGUCCAACCAGCCUACCUAGUUUGUGACUUCAUGUGUUGUUUCUCUUCAUCAGUAUUUGUCAUUAACCAUUUAGGGAAUUUAUCAUCAAAAAAAGAUUGUUAAACUGCUAGAAGCCUUUGACAUCACAGUUUACAGUUACAGCCCCCACAAUAUUUGUUUAAUUGCACUGAUUUGACUUAUCCUGUUUUCCAAUCAUACUUAGAGUAGUGUUAUACACAUUAGUUGUACAAAGAUACAUUUUUUUGCACUGAGGUUGCCAUGGGCUAAAGCUAUGGAAGCCAUGGGCUGAUUAAUGACCUUUGGAAAUAACAGGUAAAUACUGAGAAUAAGGGGAGACUGUUAUUUAACCUCAUAAUUUGUAUAAUGUAAAAUCCAAAGAACAAAACAAAACAUCAAAAAUAUGUCACUGUGCAUACACUUUGAAGAGUUCACUGAAUUUUUUUUUUUUUCUGCAUUUGAUUUUGACCAUGACUUGUUUAAAAUCUCUCGUAUUGUGCUCUACAAGCUUCCAUUCAGUCCUGAAAAACAAACUCUGGUUAUGACACACAAUGUGGAUGAAUAAACCGCAUUACUGAAUUAAAACAAUUUGAUUUGUUUACAGUCGUAAUGUCUUCUGGAACCGUUCAUGCCUCCACAAAAGGAUUGGACAUCAUAUAAAGUCUGACUUUUUGUGCUUGAUGACUUCCAGAAAGAUUCCAUGAUUUCAUUUUUUUUUUUUUUUCUGUUUGAUCUGUUAGGCUUUUUUUCUAUUUAAAAUGCAUUUACGAAAGAGUAAAAAAUGUUGGUAGUUGGGUUUUUUUUUUAUCAUUGCAUUAUUUUCACUCACUGCAUUCUUACAAUAAGUACUAAUUCAUCAUUUAUGUUAUAUUUCACAUGUUACCACAGCACAUUCUUUCAUUUAAUGUAUUAGUUCUU